GACGUUGCAUUCCUUGGUGCAAAUUUUAAAAAUAAUUUCAAACACAUUCAUUUUAAUUGUAUUUAUCAUAAUGGUGUGGUAUUAGAUUGCUAGCUGAGCUUGUUCAACGCAGAUCGAGGGUCAUGCUAACCAAGGUGACUGGAAGAAACCAAAGAGGUAAUUAUCUAUAAAGUAAUAAUUUCAGAAGUUGCAUAAUAUUCCUAGUAGUCUCAACAAAAUGGGAAAGGAUCUUUUGUGCUCCGUCGUCGAGGUUGAGCGGUUCCUUAAGGAUCAUGAUGCUGACCCAAGCAUCACUGAAGCGUUCAAGAAGGUUAAAUAUGCGGUCUAUGAUACACAAAUUAAAAGUAUGGGCUUGCAGGCAUGUAAAUUAUCGUCAUCCCAGAGUAGUGCGCAAUGGAAGAACAGUAAAGCUGAGGAUGUUUUUUCAUCACUUGUGCGCAACUUGUUUUGUGGAUGCAUUCACAAUGCUGAUGGUAUUGUGCAUGAUGAUGAUACUUUAUUAUCAUGCUCAUCAUCUAGCGAAUGUAAGUAUACAGAGGAAGUAUCUGAAAAUGGAAAUCAAAUCACACCCCGGAAGGGUUGGUUGAUCAGUGGUAGCAGACGUGAUAAAAAUAUUAAUUACGAUAGCGACGAAGAAUGCGCCAAAUAUAUGGCACAAUUGGGUAAAAAUUGGAAUAUGGAUUUUUUUGCCAUGUCGAACUUUAAAUUCGUUUUGCGUAGUGGACCUGUCGUCGCAGUUGGACAUCAGCUGAUUGACCCUGUGGGAGAUAAAAUUCACCCAGAUUUCAAUAAGUUGAUUACACCGGUUUUGAACUCGAUACAAGAUGUUUACCUACCCAACCCUUACCACAAUGCUCUACAUGGCGCGUGCGUUGCCCAUAUGUCUUGCGUCUUGCUAAAGGCAUUAUCGCUUGAGCAAUAUUUGACACCACUUGAACAGUUCGCUUACUUAAUCGCUGCUUUGGGUCAUGAUGCAGGUCAUCCAGGGAAAACAAAUGCAUUUUUAAGAUCUACACAGAACCCGCUGGCUUUGAUUUAUAACGAUGCAAGCAUAUUGGAGAAUUAUCAUGCUUCACUUGUUUGUCACAUUAUUCGUGCCAAAGAAGACUUCUUUGGUCUCUUCAAUCAGCAAGAUUGGGAGAUUAUUAGAAAAAGAAUCAUCCAAUUGGUACUAGCCACUGAUAUGAUGACUCAUUUUACUCAUGUUAACAAUGUAAAGGAGCGCAGAUUAAGUGGAACUUUUGAUUACGUUAACAACCCAGAGGAUUUGUGGUUCUGUUUGGUGCUUUUAGUCAAGACGGCUGAUAUUGGUCACAACUUCCUACCUUGGUGUGAGCAUCUGCCAUGGACAAAUGCACUUUUCGACGAAUUUCACAUGCAAGGAGAUGAAGAAAGGUUGUUAUCUCUCCCAUUACUUUUGUUUUUUGACCGUACUCGUUCUGCUGAUAUCCCUGAUUCACAAUUGGGAUUCUUCCAGGGAUUUACGUCCCCAUUGAUAGAUGAGCUAACAUUUAUAAAUACAAACUCUACCUAUCUCAAUGACUUCCUUAAUGCAAAUGCCCAUGACAAUCUGGAGCAUUGGAAGAAGAACAGUAAGAGGCAACUCGUUGAAAUCGUGAUUGAUCUCGAGAAAUCCGAGGAGGUGUUUGAAAUAAAGGACGCCACAGUCAUGUAAUAGGCUUUAGCAAAUAUGAAUUGGAUAUUUGCAAAUGUAUGGCCUUUUAGUAGAUUGCGACGCUUAUAGUUCUAAAUUAACUAUAUAGUCAUGUAUCUCCAAUGCUGCAAUCUGAUUUUUCUUAAUCAUUGAUUCUA